AUGAUCAGAGCAUUUCCACACCUACUUAACAGGAGAUCUACUGCCUUUGUUCUAUGUCCUCCUACAGAUGGUACGACACCACCUUUAAUCUCUGUAGAACUUGUUCCUGAUCCUAUUCUUCCAGGACAAAAUGGUAUUGUUUUUGCCAACUUUGCUUUAGAGGAAGCCAUUACAUCAUCAACCCGUCUUGUUGCUUAUUAUAGUGAUCCUGAUAAAAAUCGCUCCAUAAGCGAUACUUUUACUCAGCAAUUAUGUGGUGGAUCUGGGUGUCCAGUUAAAGCUAAUAGUCCAUAUACAUCAAUCAUGAAUACUUUGGCACCAGAAAUCUUAACAGUUCCAUACGGCAUUGUUGUUAGUGUUGUAAGUGUUGUAGAUGGAACUAACAAAACACUAGGCUGCGCAACUGCCUUAAUUCACCUCUAA